AUGUCUGAUCAUAAAGUGAUCUGUCCUCAACCUUACACACCGCCAUCCUACAUGGAUUUACCCCUCAAAAGACAAGAUCUACAAGAGAAGGCCAUCAUAGAUAUCGAGUACAUCUUGUACCGAUUUGGGAGUGGUGACCCCGACGCAAGGCGACGAGAACAGCCCGAAGGAUGUUCAAUCACAAUCAACCUCGGUAAAACCACCUUUGAAGACUUCAAAUCGCUCGUUAUCGGUCGUAUAGGCCAGGAGCAUUGCCACUUCCCCAAACGGAUCCAUGCCGACCUGGCAUCCGCCCAACCAAAACUUCACUGGUCCCUCAAGAUUCAAAACAACGAGGCCAGCCUAUUUCGCAAGUACACUUCGAUGCCGACCGCUGAUGCGUCGUUAUUCAAGCAGUGGCUUUGGGGCCUCAAGAUCACCUCCCAAGGCAAGGGGACGGUCAUGGUCGGCCAGGACCGUCCGUCACAGGACCCGGAGCUCGUGCAUACACUAGGUGCCGCUACGGAUCUCAUCGACAGCCCCCUCAGACCGAAUAUGGAGAACCGACAUCCCAUGGAAGAACCUCAGCGGACUGACUCCUGGCCCGACCCACCCGCGCCUCUUCAUAAUUAUUUUGCCUACUGUCACAUCUCUUCGGCGGUGAUUGAUGCCUGCUUAGCCCAGGUCCUCAUUGAACAGCACAUCGACCGAUAUGAACUGUUCCAGUCACCUAUUGUCAUCAGCCAGCUGCAAAAUCCCAGAUAUGCCAUUCCAUCCGGGCUCAUUGCCAUUCUCAGUUUAAAUGUACCGGCAUACAGAAAAUACUUGCACGAUGAGAAAUAA